AAAAAAUAAUGAUAACAAACAUGGCGUGCUGGUAGAGCGUCUCUAUAAUCUGUUUACCAUUUUGCUUUUUUUACAAUAAUUCAUAUCUGCGUUAUCAUAGUAUGCGGUUACUGAUAAAGGGACGAAGACUCGAUGUCGCUCGGAAUAGGAGGGGCCGGGGCGGCGGCGCUCGGCGGUAGAGGUCGAGGCGGGUGAUAUGCAAGCGGCGCCGGCGCGCUACGUGUCCGCGAGCGAGUUAUACUCGACCGACGAAGUGGAGCUGUUGCUAGAAGAGAUAAGAGAGCUGGAGCCGACUAGCUGUCGCGGCGAGGACGUGCAGGACUUCGAAAUCGCUGGCAGUGGGUGCGCGGGCGCGGGCGGUCGCUCGCCUGCCGGUACGGAGCUCACGGAGCGCUCGUGGGACUCGCACGCACACUAUUCGCGUGCUCCGCCGCCGCGCCCGCGCGCUCUCGCACCUGUCUACUGCCACCUCUCAUACUUGAUCACGCCGACGGGUGGUUUGACCUUUCUUCUAGUGCUGUGCUCUCUAUGCGUGUGCAUUUGCGUGUGGGGUGCUCUAGGACUACGUGCCGCGUCUGCCGCCAAGCCGCUGCUGUUCGGGGCACUCACUUCAUUCAUGCUACAUACCCUCCUCAUGUUGAUGCACAUCUCCUUGUUGGACGCAUUACUGCCCGUCGAUUGGAACAGAUUUAGCGGAAUAUCAUUCGCGUGGAGCGCGUCGUGGCUGAUCGGCGGCGCCGUCGCGCUGCUGGUGGCGCUGCCGGCGCCCGGCGCGCACUCGUCCGUGGCCUCCAUGCUGUACACGGCGGCCGGCUGCGCGCUGGGCGGCGCGGGCGUGGCGCUGCUGGGCGCGGGCGUGUGCGUGCGCGGCGGCUGCGCGCGCGCGGGCCGGGCGGGCUCGCUGCGCGCCGCCUACCGCGCCGUGCCGCAGGCGUCCACGUCGCGCGACCGCGCCUUAUAG